CAUACAUCUUAUUUAUUAAAAACAAAGUAGGAACUACACGAAUAUAAAAAUUAACAAAAAACAGAGUUUCCUCUAAUUAUAUAAUAGAAUAUGUUUCCCACUGCAAUUGAUAUCUAACAAAUUCCAUAAGAUAGUCACAGGUCAGCAUUAUCAACUAUAUAAUAAAAAUAUGAAAAAAUUAUUUCAAACCGAACUCCUAGUAAGAGAUUAGAUAAUGAUUCCCCAGCUGCAAUAUCAAGCACAUCAGCUUCUAAAAGUACAUUCAGUGUGAUGCACAAUUAAAAUUAAUUGCAUUCGUAAAGACCGAAAGUUAUAUUUCAUCACAUACAUGAGACAGAUUACACUUUAGAAAGCCAUUUAAAAAAUAUUAUAAAACCAAAGCCUGAAAAUACUGAAAAAAUCAGAGAAGCUUAGAUUAAAAAAGAAAUGGUUUAAUACUUAUAAAAUACUAAAUUGGAAUCUCCUUUAAAAAGUAAAUCAGUAAAAGACAAAUUCUUUUCAAAAUAAUCAAGACAGAAAAGAUCUGAAGAGCGUUAAGAGACAUAUUAAAAGACAUUAUAAAGAUUGUUUAGAUCUUAAAUGAACACAAGCUGUUCUACAAAAUACUCUAAAAGUGCAAAUACUUAUACCACAUUAAAAAGUGACUCAGUUAUGGUUCCAGAUGACUAGCAAACAUAAUUACAUCUUUCCUAAUUUAGCUGUAUAACACCAAAAAAGACAUUAUUUAAUGAACAUGUUGAUUAUUGGGAUUAUGAUGGAUUCUAUGAUUAAUUUUAAUACAAUUAAUCAAGUAUGAAAAGAAGUAUUUUAAGAUAAAGAUAAAACCCUUCAGAUAGUUAAAUGAAUAACACAUCAUAUUUGAAAGAUAAAAAGAUUAGAAAUGGUAGUGUAAUAGCCUAAAAGCAACAAUAAAUAAAUGUUCUAAAGUUAGCAAGACCAGUAUCUAAUGAAGCUUAAAUUUUAAGAUAACACAUCAUGCACCCUAAAAUAGACCACAUAUUAGAGAAAUAUAAUUUUAGUAAAGCUGCUCCUUCUAAAAAAGGAGCUUUAAAUGAGUCACAACUAGCAAAAAAUAUAGAUUUAAAUGAUCUCUCAUAAAAAUUUUUGAAAAGUUAAUUAAGUUAGCAAGAAUAAAGCGAAUACAGGGGAAGAUUAAAAAGUAAAGUACACAAACUAGUCAGAAAAGAGAAUGAUAUUUAUUCACCUCAUAAAGUUCCAGAUUAUUAAAAUUUCAAGUAGGAUUUCUAUGAGCUAAACUGCAAUAAUAUAAAAAAGGCAUUUAAUAACUUUAAAGAAUACUAAACCAAAGAAUUUGAUACUUUCUACAACGUUAAAGCUAAGAACCCUUAUUUAAAAGUGUAUUGUGAUGGGCAGUAAAAGUUAGUCAAUAUGUAUUUAGAAUAGACUGAUUUGGAAGAGAGAAUUUUCUAUUAAUAUGACCACGAUCCAUUUAUAAAUGAUCCUAAAACAUACGAAAUCUUUGAUAUAGUAGGUCGUUCUUAUAUGAAAUAAGUUCCACCACAUCCUUUCUAGCAUAAAAGAAGAUAUGCUAAAAACGAAUAGCAGUUGGAAAGGGAAUUAAAUAAAACACAGUAAGUGUAUCAGCAGAUUAUUAAAGAAAAUACUGAUAAAAGUGAUUAAACAAUAGAAUUAAGUAGUCCUUAAUCACCACUCUCACUUCGAGCUUAUAGUAGCUUUGUAAAUUGA